AUGCUAGACACGUUUUUUUUCAGUACGGUCAGGGAAAAUACGGUGCUUGCAGCAGACUCGAAGCAGCAGCUCAUUGAACGAGUGAAGACUAGGGGAUGUGUAGAGAUUGUCUCCACUACGGCUGCAGUGGUCACUACGAAAAAAGUGAAAACUGUGAAUAAUGUAGAUUCAAUAACGAAACGAACAUGUCCGAAUGCAGAUUCAAUUUAG